GAACAUGAAAACAGGUGAAGAAUGUCUGCUGGAAACAAAGAGACACAGAAAGGAACAGCAUGUCCUUAUUUCUCCAACCCUUUGAUGAGUGAUGUUGAAGCCGACUGGUCUCCGAUUCACGACGCAGCCUUCAAUGGAAACGUUCUUUGUCUGCAAAGACUCAUGGCUCAGGGAAUGUGUGUAAAUCUAAACACACUGGACAAAGUCUCUCCCCUUCAUGUAGCAUGCCGGCAAGGCCACACAAACUGUGCCAAGCUUCUGGUGGAAAACGGAGCAAAUGUUAACCACACAACUGUGGACGGACACACUGCAUUAACAGAAGCUUCUGCCAGGGGCCAUGUGACCUGCGUCUCUCUGCUUCUCAAGCAUGGAGCGACUCCCCCCGGGGAAACCAGCCCGUCCAGUCCUCCAAUCCACUCGGCUGCAGCCAGGGGCGGAUCUACUGGGGUGGCAGAUGCCACCCCGAAUGAGAGCCUUCCACCCUCGUUGCCAAACCAGCUGGCACUAUGAAUUCCAUAAAUAGUUAUGGUGUUCUGACUAUCAGUGCUACCUCGUCAGAUUUUCCUACCGUAGCACGGAUAGAUAGCUAAGUCUAUCUGUCAGUGCUACGUGUCCAAAACUGCUACUGUCAUGUUUACAAACAGAAAACUAUAGCGGGUUGUUAAUGUCAAAUGAUAACAUUAUUUGAGUGAUGGGACUGAAGCGGAAGCUUAGGAUGCUUAGCAUAGCACUGGAACAGUUUAUAUACACGACGAAACCACAAGAAGAUCACUUCCUUCAUCUGAAUAUCCUACCCGUUUAAAAUGAAACGCUAUAGACUAAACCUUUUACUAGAAUAUCCUACCCGUUUAAAAUGAAACGCUAUAGACUAAACCUUUUACUAGAAUAUCCUACCUGUUGAAAAUAUAUAUUUUAAAUACAAAGGUGUUUGUAAGAAGAAAAACGGUAUUAGGCAGGGGAAACACGUUUUUAUUGGAAUUAAAUUAAACGCAGACAAAUACAGAUCACUGCAACUCUUUUUUGAGCAUUAAUACAUUGUGUCUGUUAUGAGAUGCAGCGCAGCCACAAUGUGUCCACCGAGCUGCGCAGGUUGCUGUGCUCCUGAUAUGUUUAAUAUACACUAAUAAUACACCGCUAUUACACAGCUUCAAUCCCACAUAUAGUAUCUGUGCCAAUAUCUAUUUAGCAAGGUUUAAUAAUAAUAAAAAAAGAGUGUAAUUAAACUAAAAUAUUUUAAAAUGUAGGGAUAAAAUAGCCCACAAAACAACGUAUUUUGUCCUGAUUAACUGCCAAACAAUGACAGUAGUAACGAAAUUGCAGACGGUAAACUAAAGCCAUUUAUAAAUAUAUUUACAUGCUGCCUGUCAUGUAAACUAAAAA